AUGGAGAUCUGCUUGAACCCAAAGCGUGCAGUCUUUACGACAGGCGAUACUGUCACAGGAGAGGUUGUGCUGCACCAAACAACCUCCUGUCAACUCUCCGGCAUAGCUAUAUCACUCAUUGGGAAAGCAAGGACGAGCGUAACCAGAAUGAUGCCAUUCCCGAACAGCGGCAGUAAUGUGGAUUGCACGUUUCUCCAGAUGAGCCAACACGACAGUAUGGAAACACAGGGACCGUGUGGAGGUCGUCGGACUUUCACUUUCUCUUUUAUCCUGCCCAGUAAUCUACCAUUUGAUACAUGCUCCAGGGAACAUAAAUCAUCGCACGAGCUUCAGUACGGCCACUUUCAGCUUCCACCGAGUAUUGAGUACAGAACCGACAAAUUCUGUCCAAAGAUGUGUGGAAUUGUCUACUACAUCUACGCACGGGUCAACCUUGCGGAUGGCGGAGUGCUACAUGCCAAGGAGCGCAUUCAGAUACUACCCGAAUAUCCCGAAAAACCACCUCGCCUUUGGAAUGAGGAUCGUGAUAUCCAACUAUCCGAUACAACUAUUCUUCGAACCGCACUGUGGACAGCGAAAAUGGGUCGCGUUACGUUGAAUACGCAUGAGCUUAACGCCUUGUAUCUCCCCGUGAACAGCCGGGACGAAAGACUGACGGUCUCUGCCAUGCCGCUGCAACUCAGAUUUGACAGCUUUGACACCAAGGCCAAAAUGCCACAGGAUUGCCAAGUUCGAAUCGUCCUCGAGGCUGUGACGUAUUACACUGCCUUUCCUAUGGUUGAGUUGCCUACCGAGACCAAUUUGCAGCGCGAAAUAGACGGGCAAACAUUUCGAACUAUCGUAUGCCUGUGGAGGAAUAAAGUAUGUCUGAACUGGUUGCCACGGGACAGGGAAGGUCAGGAGUCCCAUUACGCGAGUAUCGUCGCACCCAUCUCGAUACCUCGGGAUUUACUCGUCAUCCCAACCUUCUAUCAUUGUUAUGUGGCGAGGGAGUACUUCUUGCGAAUUGGGCUUGCGCUUGGCGGCUCUAGAUCGUUGCAACUGAAAGUGCCCCUCCAGAUAUAUAAUUCGCUCGAUUAUUGA